CUUUGGGACGGACGUGGACUUACGACUUGGGGUCCUGGGGACCUGCGGGCGGCUGGCGGCGCGAGCGGCAGCGGGGGGGUCCCGGGCUGGACGGGGAUCCGAGGCUGGGCUGGCGUCCGGGGUUGCGUUGGAGUACCGGGCGGAACCAGGGUCCGGGGCGGGACGGAGGUCUCGGGCGGAACCAGGGUCCGGGGCUGAGUCGGGGUCCGGCGCGCGGCUGGGGACGCGGGUAGGACGGGGGUCCGCGGCGGAACCGGGGUGCGGGGCUGGGCCGGGGUCUCGGGCGGGACGGACGCGUCCCCGGCGCCCAGCUCGGCGCGGCCCGACGCCUGGAUGCGGCGCAGCCCGUCCUGCAGCAUGCGCUGCGUGCCGGCCUCGCUGAGCCAGCACAGGAACAGCUCGUCCACCUUCAUCUUCAGCACCGGCUGCAGCACCUUGCCGGGCGGCAUGGCGGCGCGCGGCCCGGACCACCGCCCGGACCCUCCGCCCUGGGCGCCGCGGGGUCCCGGGCCGAGGCGGGGACGCGGGGGGCCCGGGGGAGGCGGCCCGGGCCGCGCGGCCGGCGCGGGGAGAGGAGAGGCACGGGCGGAGACACCCGGGCUCGCGGCCACGCCCGCGCCGCCCUGAGAGGAGAGGAGACGAGCGGCUUCAAAACGGGCGCGCCAGCCGCACUCCCAAACAAGGGCGCUCGCGUCCUGCGUCACCGCGCCGCGCGACGUCACCGCGCUCUGACGCCAUCACCAGGCGACGACGCGGCCGUACGCGCGCCUCGCUGCUCUCCGAGCCCUCGCGGGGGCGGGGGGCGCAGCCUUGCAUCUUGGGUGCGACUGAGGGGCUGGGAUAAAGACCAUGGGUGGGCGAGGGGGUCGUCCUGCCCGAAGUCAUUGUGCCUCUGGGUGUUGUAGGAAUUCGGCCUAUGCGGGAGAGAAGGGCUAAACGCCGGGGAGAUGUGAGAGCAUGCGCACUGCGUGCUAAUGGGGUAGGGUAAGCGUCUGAGUGAACAUGCGCAGUAUGAACCACUGAAGGCCAAACUGCAGACCCCAAACGUUGGAGCAUGCGCAGUGCGUGCCUGCCGCCAGGGUGCGGGAGGAGGCGGGGGGGGCGGAAAUAGUGAAGAGCGGACAUGCGCAGAGCGAACCGGUAGGACGUGUUGCAGGAGGAGGAGGGCCUGCCGAGCAUGCGCAAUGCAAGCCUGCAGGGACCGGUCGCGCGGCCUAGUGGAGUACGAUGGGAGGGAGGGCGACUGGAGUGAUCAUGCGCAGCGCGAGCGGGAGCGCCAGAGGACGGACGAGCAUGCGCAGUGCGCGCCCCCCAGCACAGGAGCGAGCUUGCGCGCCGCGGGCUCUGGGAGCGCGCACCGGGCCAAGGGAUGGAGUUUUGCGGUAAAACCGGGACUUCGGAAGCCAGCUAUCCUGUUUGCGCCUGUCAUUGUUAGCAGGCCAUAAAGAUAGAUGGGAGGAGUGCAUUUCCUUUGAACGCUGUCCUCUGAUGGUGAAAACACAGUGCUCUGAUAAUUGCAGAAAAAAUGAGCGGAUAAUUGCAGAAAUCCUCUGCGAGGCGGGAGGUGCACGAAACCACCCGAGCAAUGCGUGCUUCCCUUCAUGUCUCGCUCUCUUACUAAGGUUUUUUUAAUAAAUUUUUUGGGAGGGGCCUCCAAAGUUGUCCAGGUCUGGGCUGGGCUGGAACCUGGGACCCUCCUGCCUCAGCCUCCCAGAGUGCUGGGCUGCCAGGCAGGCAUGCCUACCGCAGUCAGCUGUGCAAACGUUUUUCCUGGCCUGGCCUCAGUCCGCAGCCGACACUGGGCCGCAUUCAGCCACGCAGACGCGGAUUGUGCCCUGUGGGUGUGGAUGGCUUCAGACUGACUCUGGGUUUGCAGCUGAAAGCGGAUCCCGCGUGUGGUGGGUGGGGAGCGGCCCGCCAGGAAUCCCGGGCGCUAUUUUUAUGCAUCGCGGGGCAAAUGUUUGCAGGAGGCGGCCGGCGGCUGGCGGCUGGCCCUGCUGCAUUCCUGCCCCGGACACAGCCUGUCUUUCAGGGCAGCUGGGUUUGAGCUCACGGCCCCCCUCUGCACCAGGCCUGGCGGGAGGCGGUUGACAGCAGCCUGGGACCCACCCCGCGGCCUUUGAACGGUUUUUCUGUCCUCGUCAAAGAUGUCAAGACCAUUUUCCUGCUGUCUCCACUGGUCCCCGGGGUGGGUGGGGGCGGGCCCUGUCCUACCUCAUCAGCCUGCUCAGGAAAACACCCGGCCGCUUAGAAAAGAAACAGAACACGACUUUAUUUCCUUGGUAAUUAUUUUCAUCAGCUUUGACACCAGGGAACAAAAGAAGGGGCCUGAAACACACUUGCAAAUCGCUGGGAACCCUGCGUGGAUACCACAGCCGACAGGGCUUCACUCUGCAGCCAGGCUGGCCUUGGGUUCACUGUGCAGCCCAGGCUGCUCGCAAACUUGCAGAGAUCCUCCCGCCUCAGCCUCCCAAGUGUGGCAUGACAGGUGUGCGCCACAUGCCCGGCUUGAAACUGAAUUCUGGCUCAUGCUCAUCGCGCCCUGGCCAAAAGGAAGGAAGGAAGGAAGGAAGGAAGAAAAAAGACCAAAAAGGGGGGGGGGACAGGGCCUAAUAUACCUUCUCUGGCCCUGCCCCUAUGACGUCACUUCCUCCCAUAAGCCCCGCCUUUUAAAGGGCCCUCCGCCUCCUAACAGCGCUAUGCUGGGCUCAAGCUCCCUGUGCACCCCCACACUGGCAAAGCUUUGGGAUCCAAACCGCCUUUUGCUUCUGUACUCAGGCAGGUACCACAGCGCCCAUCCUGUCCUCUUCUUAGAGGGACCCGGUCCCGUGGGGUCAGCCACCAUGGAGACUCAGUUUACCUUCUCUGGCUCUUUAGACACCCCGUCUCUACACGCAGCUGUAGUAAGGCUGGGAUCGGAGAUGCAGUCUAUGAACAGCCACUCGAGACUGAGGCAGGAGGAUCCCAAGUGGGAAUACAGACCAGGCCUCCUGCAACUCAGGAUCUUCCUGGCCUGCUGGAGACUUUCCUGCCUCUGCCUCCAUCUGCGGGAGCCCAGAGCUCCGGAUGGGUCCGCUGGCUCCUCCCGCCCUGGCGGGGAAGGUUGUCGGUCGAAACUGCUGACUCCUGUGUGCCAGUCUAAUUAGAUUCCCUCAGGAGCUGAGCUGGUUUUGUGGCCUUGAACCCACAGGGAGCCUCCUGCCUCAGCCUCCCGAGCCCUGGCAUUGUAGGCCUGCGUUUCCACAUGUGACGCUUGACUGACUUCCUUAACUUUAUUUUUUUAUUAUUUUUUUCCAAAUCCAUUUUAUUUCAAGGAGGGAAAACAAAAAGGAGAAAAUAAAUUAAAACAAAAUUUCAAAACACAUCAACUAGGGGGCAACCAUGGUCCAUACAUUGCACCUUGUCGUCCCCAGAUCAUUCACCCAGAGCCCGAGACAUCUGACUCAGUCCUCCGAACAAGACCAGCACUGUGUUUUGCUAUACAUACACAUAUUUUGUUUCAGGUUCUCCCACUAAAGAGACAACACGAUGUUUACUGUGUGUGUGAUUUAUUUCACUAAUGAUAUGGUCUCAAGUUGCACCCAUUUACCUAUGAAAGUCUCCAGUUUAUCCUUCUUUAUGGCCGAGUAGUACUCCAUUGUGUAGAAAUACCACCUCUCUGUUAUCCAUUCCUCAGUCCUUUAGGUUGCUUCCAAGAUCUGGCUAUUACAAAUUGUGCUGCUAUAAACAUGUGCAAACAUA